GGUCGCCCGGGACCGCCAGGUUUACCAGGACGAAGAGGACCACCAGGAUAUGAUGGAUCACCAGGCUAUAAUGGAGAGAAGGGUGAUCCAGGAGAUGGCGGAAUCAACUCUUUAGGCAUUAGAGGGGACCCAGGGGAGCCUGGAAGACCUGGAUAUUCGGGUCUUCCUGGUUACCCAGGAGUUCCAGGAGAAAAAGGAAUGCAAGGGGAUCCUGGACCAAGGGGUUUCACUGGAUUUUCGGGAGAUUUGGGUCCAAGAGGUCCUCAGGGAGAAGGAGUUCGAGGUCAGAAAGGUCAAAAAGGUGAACCGGGCCCUAUUGGUGAUGUCGGGAGACCUGGUAGGGAGCCCGAGUCAAGAAGGCCAGAUGAAGAAACCAUUGAACCAAUUCCAGGACCUCCCGGCCGACCCGGAGAGAAGGGCGAAAAAGGAGCUGAAGGCCCGAGAGGGUUUGAUGGAAGACCAGGCAGUGAGGGUCAAAAAGGUCAGAAAGGUCCUGAUGGUGAUAAAGGUGAAAGAGGAAAUACGGGACCAAGGGGUAAAAGGGGUAGGACAGGAUAUCCAGGUUCACCCGGAGAAAAAGGACAAAAAGGAAAUCCAGGGCUUACAGGUGUUGAUGGAAGACCUGGAGCAAAGGGCCUACCUGGAGAUCCAGGAAGAAUAGGGCAACCUGGUCCUCAAGGUCCAGAGGGGCCUCGAGGACCUAUCGUUGAAUUCGGAAAACCAAUACCAGGACCUAGAGGACUUCAAGGAGAACCCGGUGAUACAGGUCUUCCAGGGACUCCAGGUAGACCUGGUCUUCCUGGCCCAGUAGGUUACGGUGGUUUACCUGGAGCACCAGGGGAACCCGGACCACGAGGAGAAUUGGGACCAUCGGGUAUGAGUUUCAAAGGAGAGCCUGGAGAAGAUGGUCCGACUGGACAGCCAGGAAGCCCAGGUGCUCCUGGAUUCCCUGGUCUUCAAGGAAAGACAGGAGAAAGAGGAGAAAUAGGAAUAACAGUUAUCGGACCACCUGGAUUAGAUGGGAGACCAGGAGUUGAUGGAAGUGCAGGCUUACCAGGAAAAAGAGGAGAUCCAGGAUUACCAGGCGAGAAAGGUUAUCCAGGCAUCGGUGUACCUGGAAGGGGCCCUCCGGGACCACCAGGCAGAGUUGGAUUUCCAGGCGAAACAGGAGAGCCAGGAAUACCUGGACCAAACGGCUCACCAGGUCCGAAAGGCUUUAAAGGAGAUGAUUGUGGUUACUGUAGGCCAGGGCUGCCUGGUGUUAGAGGAGAGAAAGGCGAUGAAGGGAGGAGAGGUCAAACAGGUCCUCAAGGAUAUCCCGGCUACCGAGGACCUCCAGGAUUACCAGGAUCACCAGGAUUACCUGGUGUACCAGGAUAUAAAGGAGCAGCGGGCCUUAGAGGUACAGAUGGUUUCGAUGGAACACCGGGUCUACCAGGCAAUCCGGGCGAUUUAGUUUUACCUCCUUACACAAAAGGCCAAAAGGGAGUGGAAGGUGACAAAGGUUACCCAGGAUUUCCAGGCCCCAGUGGUUUAAAUGGUGCUCCUGGAGAAAAGGGUUUUCCUGGAUUUCCUGGCAGAAAGGGCGAACAGGGGGAUGUUGGAGACCCUGGGUUUCCCGGUUUUGACGGAAACCGUGGACUUACAGGACCCCCAGGAUCCAAAGGAGACAAAGGAGAUUUUGAUUAUGGAAUAAUUGGCAGAAAAGGCGAGAAAGGAUUCUCUGGCCGGCCGGGUUAUUCUGGACUUAAAGGAAGAAAAGGAGAUAAAGGAGAUUCUUUUGAUGCAAGAAAUAUCACCGGGAUAGAAAAAUAUGUUGGCGAUCCUGGAGAAAGAGGUGCUCCCGGCCCUGCAGGAAGACCAGGGAGAGAAGGCCCAGAAGGAAUUGAUGGCACUCCUGGUUAUCCAGGAAGGAAAGGUGAAAAGGGAGAGUCUGGUUUCCCAGGAUCGAGCUUUAGAGGAGAACGUGGUUUGAAAGGUUAUCCAGGUUUACCAGGAGAUGCCGGAUUCAAUGGUUCUCCAGGACCUAAAGGACCCCGUGGACCACUUGGACAACCCGGAUUCCCUGGCUCAAAAGGCAAUAUUGGGGAACCUGGUCCUGAUGGAUUUGAAGGACCACCUGGAUUCCCAGGAGUACCUGGAGCAAAAGGUGAAAGAGGAAAUUUAGGAUUUCCUGGAUUGGAAGGACGUACAGGAGAGCCAGGAUCAUUCGGAGAGAAAGGCUUAAAAGGUUUACCAGGAAUACCAGGAGGGUAUGGUCUAGACGGACCGAAAGGCGAACCAGGCGAUUCUGGUCCUGGAACGAAAGGUGAAACUGGUUUUCCAGGAGAACCCGGAUUACCAGGCUCCAGAGGAGAUAAAGGAGACAGAGGAGUAGCAGGACUUCCCGGACCUCCAGGAUUGAAAGGCGAGCGAGGACAGUCUGGUUUACCUGGAAAUAGAGGCCGUCCAGGCUUGCAAGGCUUUCCCGGAUCCCCUGGAAGGCAAGGGAAAGAUGGACUUGAUGGAGUUCCAGGAAAGAAAGGAGAAACUGGACAGCAAGGAUAUCCGGGCCCAGUAGGAUUUCCAGGUGUGCCGGGAAAAAGAGGAUUACCUGGACUGAAAGGAAUUAUAGGAGAAGUAGGUAAUCGUGGUUUUCCAGGAUUUCCAGGAAUGCCUGGGCUUCCAGGAGAAAGAGGAGAAACUGCAUCGCCAGGUUUUCCAGGGCAAAAAGGAGAGCCAGCUAAGUUUGGCCAGAAAGGAGAGCCUGGAGAUGAGGGAAUACCAGGUGCUAAAGGAUUGCCAGGACUAAGAGGAACUCCAGGAUUUCCUGGUAGAAAAGGACCGCCUGGUAAACCUGGUUUAGUGUACCCUGGUCCUCCAGCUCCUAAAGGUGAAAGAGGGUUACCUGGAUAUCCAGGCCCACAAGGACCACCUGGAGUUAAAGGAAUGAUGGGAGUACCUGGUGUGCCAGGGCUUCCUGGGGAUAAAGGUGAUUCGGGUUUUCCUGGACGUCCAGGUCCAGCUGGACCACCAGGACUUGCAGGUUUUCCUGGUGCGAAAGGAGAAAAGGGUUCUGUAGGACCAUACGGACCGCCGGGCGCUAAGGGUGACAGAGGCCCGCAAGGAUUCAUUGGACUGCCUGGUACAAAAGGUGACAUUGGCUUCAGGGGAUUGCGAGGUAUUUCAGGACUUCAGGGGGUCAAAGGAUUAAGAGGAGAGCUUGGACCUAAAGGAAUUCCAUCACUCGAAGUAAGCAAAGGAAUUCAAGGUGAACCUGGUCGUCCUGGUCUUCCCGGCUUCCCUGGAGGAAAAGGCGAUAAUGGCUUUAAUGGUUUCCCAGGACCCAAAGGUGUGAGGGGAGAACCUGGAUUCCAGGGCAGACCUGGAUUACACGGAGCAGUAGGAAUUAAAGGUAAAAAGAGUGAAACAGCUUUUAUAAGAAGCCAUCGACUAU